UAUGUGGAUGUUUUCUUGGCUUUGUGCCAUUUUGAUUAUUUUUGCUAUUGCUGAUAUGGAAGCAGCAGCAAAGACCACACCAUAUACCAAAUUUACAAAGAAAUCUGACGGGAAGGAGAUGCUGGAGGGUGUAAAGCUGCCCAGCGGCUCACCUCGGGAAGAACAGGGAGCUCCACAUACAGAGGCGGCAGCGAUGGUAGCAGCCACCCCAGACCCGGAGGCCUUGGACCCUGCCUCUCCCACAGCCACUCUCUUUCCCUCUGAAAACCUCACUCUUGACAAAGUUGAUUUCUUUUUGAAUUGUUGUCAUUGCUGUUCAUCUGUCACUGGGCAGAAAGGAGAACCAGGGAAGACUGGAAAACCAGGUCUCAAAGGAGAGGUUGGUGAUAUUGGAAUUCCAGGCCCACCAGGAGUCACUGGACCCCAGGGGCCAAAAGGUCACAAAGGAGAAAAGGGCCUAAAGGGAGUACGUGGGGACCAAGGAACAAGUGGAGCUCCGGGAUACCCAGGAAAACCUGGAGAACAAGGUGGACUUGGCCCCAAAGGGGAUAAAGGAAACAUUGGCCUCGCAGGAGAAAAAGGACAAAAAGGCUCAAAGGGGGACUGUACCAAAGGAGACAAAGGAGACCCAGGAGCCACAGGCUCCCCGGGCUUGAAUGGAGGGCCUGGGGCCAAAGGAGAGAAGGGAGAGAUGGGAGAGAUGGGAGAGAAAGGCUCCUGCGGAGAUUCAGGGGAGAGAGGAGGGAAAGGGCAAAAGGGUGAGGAGGGGGUGAAAGGAGAAAGAGGCCGCAAAGGAGAGGUAGGAAUAGAAGGCAGAAGGGGCCCUGAUGGGCCACCUGGGGCCAAGGGCGAUCCGGGCCUUAAAGGAGAAAAGGGUGAGCUAGGUCCUCCUGGCUUGGUGGGACCUGCUGGGCCAAAGGGUGAGCACGGAACAAAAGGGGUCCGAGGACCUACUGGGAAAAAGGGCUCUCGGGGUUUCAAGGGCUCCAAGGGUGAGGUGACCAAAGUCCCACGGUCAGCUUUCAGUGUUGCUCUAUCAAAGCCAUUCCCUCCUCCUAACAGCCCUAUCAAGUUUGACAGGGUUCUAUAUAAUGACCAAGAGAAUUACAGCCCUGUCACUGGGAAGUUUAACUGCACUAUUCCUGGGACAUAUGUGUUUUCCUACCACGUCACCGUGAGGGGCCGGCCUGUGCAGAUCAGCCUGAUGGCCCAGAAUAAGAAACAAUUCAAGUCCAGAGAAACCCUCUAUGGCCAGGAAAUUGAUCAGGCCUCACUCCUCCUGGUUCUGAAGUUAAGUGCAGGAGAGCAAGUGUGGCUAGAGGUGUCGAAGGAUUGGAAUGGCUUAUAUGUGAGUGCUGAAGAUGACAGUAUUUUCACUGGGUUUCUUUUGUACCCAGAGGAAGCCUUUGAAAUUUCACCGAAAGUUUAGGUCCUAAGCACUGCACCUGGAGUUUAGGUAGUAAGUCAGUUAAAAUAGAACAGUGCUUUUUAAAAACAGCUCUGUAUUUUUUUAUGAUUAUAAAAAUAAUACAAAAAAGUUGUAUGACACAGGACAUUACUGUUGACAUUUAGAAAAUAUAUGUAUUUGAGAACAGAUAGAUAUUAAUGUUGUAGCUUUUAAAACUUAGCUUUAGAAUAGUAUUUAAAAGAAAUAAUUACAUGGAAACAUAUGAGAUUUAACAUUAAUAAACAUAUUCUUCUACAUUUCAUCCGUAGUUCACAUAGCCAUGCAUCAUUUUCUGUGUGUGUGUGAAGCUCAGAGCUGAAAUACAGUGACGAUAGGUCUUUCUCAAUUUUUCGUUCUCUUCAAAUGUCUACCUUACAGCAAAA